CUUUUGGCCAUUAGUAGGAACUUUUGGUGCAUAUUGAUAUUGAAUAAAUGUUAAAAUUUCCAUACUGACAGGCAACUAGUGGUUGCACUGCGCCUAUAUUACAACAGGUGGCGCUGUAAGUUAUACAUCUCGGGCAAUGUAUCGCCACUACGACUUCAUCUCAUUUCUGUAUAUGUAAAAAGUAACGCCUCGAUUCUCGUUCCGCUCUCGGCAUUUUACCAACACGGACAUCGAGGAGGAGAACACAGUUGCAAAUAAGAUGUACCCGGGACCGCUGCGGAAGGAAGCGGGACCCUUGAAAAUAAUAAAGUGUGUUUCUGACAGCUCUCGUCUUUAUGUCGUCUCGUUUGAUGCUUACAUAAUAUUUUAUCGGACGUAUCUGUAUAGAAUCACAUGGCGCACUUUCCGAGCUAGUUUGAACGACACAACUUUGUCAUUCCGCGCUUAGCUCGUUAGCAUUAGCUAACCGGAGUCGAACAAGAAAAUGCCCCCGAGGAAGCCAAAGUCGAGCGCCGCCAACGUCUCCAGCUCGCUGGACCUGGAGUCGGAGGAUGUCAGCCUGGAGACCACCGUGCGCACCGCAGAGGACGUCUCCUCAUCGGACGAGACGCGACCCGGCUCGCAGAAGCUCAUCCGACAGCUGCUGGAGAGGAAGGAAUUGCUGCAUAACGUCCAGCUGCUGAAAAUUGAGCUUUCCCAGAAGAACCUCACCAUAGACGACAUGAAGGCAGACUACAUGUCCAAGGUGGAGGACCUGGAGGAGCAGCUGAAUGAUGCUCUCCAUCAGAAACAAGUGUUGGCGCUGAGGCUGGACAGUGAGCUGAAGAUUGCUCAGGAAGACAACAGGAAGCAGCAUGCUUUGCGAAAGAAGGAAGUGGACAGCAUCCUUCUGCGGCAGCAGCAGCUGGAGGAGGCCAACCAGCAGAUGCGGGAGAAGGCCGGAGAACUGCGCCGGUCUCUCCGGGACUUGGACAUGUCGCACGAGCGCUACCAGGAGCUCCGCGACCUUCCCGAGGAGACCAUGUCUAUUCAGGAAUUUGUUGCUGUGCGCUUUUACGAAGUGGUGACUCCAUUGAGGGCUCAGGUGGCCGAGCUGCGUGUGAAGAAAGACACUUUGAAGGAAGACCUGGAAACGCAGCGGACACAAAUGAAGGCUCUGAUGGAGAGCUAUGAGGAUGAACGCCGUCUCCGCACAGAGCUGGAGCUGAGGAGCCAGAGACUGACUUUGGAGCUGGCUGACACCAAACAGCACAUCCAAGAUGGAGACUACCGCCGGGAAAACUACCCCAACAUCAAACGUGAGCGUGAUGUCUUGGAAGCCGAGCUGAAGGAGGUGACGAGAAGAUUUGAGACGCUUAACUUGACUCACGCGGCCCUUGGCAGGGAGAGAGAGGCCCUCAGCAAAGAGAUGGCGACGUUGCAGCAGUCAGCGACGCUGCUGCAGAAGGACAAGGAGUACCUGCACAGACAGAACAUGGAGCUGAGCAUUCGCUGUGCGCAUGAGGAAGAUCGCCUGGAGCGCCUGCAGGUGCAACUGGAGGACACCAAGAAGGCCAGGGAGGGCGCCUAUGAAAAAUAUAUAGCAUCCAGCGAUCACUAUAAGUCUGAGUAUGAACGGAAGUUGAGAGAUGAGCUGGAGAACAUCCGUCUAAAGACCGGUCAGGAAAUCGACAACCUGCAGAGAACAUCCAGGGAGAUGUACGAGAGAGAGAACAGAAACCUGCGUGAGGCCAGAGACAAUGCGGUGCUGGAGAAGGAGCGGGCGUUCGCUGCUGAGAGGGACACGCAGUCGCGAUACGACCAGCUUCUGGAACAGUUUCGCCAGCUGCAGCUCGGCACCGACAGCAGGGUCGCCGAGUUGUCCAACCAGGCAAAGCUGCACUCCUUCGAAGCUGAGCGUGCUCAAAUGAUGAAGGAGGAGACGGACAAGGCUCUUGCUCAGUGCCAGAUCGAGUGUGAGAAACAGUGCAAAAAACUGGAGGUCCUCACACAGGAGUUUUACAGGCUACAGACGUCAUCGGAGAAGCGCACUGCUGAGCUUCAUGCGCAGAAUGCCGAGCAGGCAUCCCGGUUGGAGACGUAUGAAAAACUCGAGCAGGAGCUGGACCAGGUCACCAUGCAGGCUGCUGAAAUUGAGAAUGAGGAGGAAGCAGAGAGGAUCCUCUUCUCGUACGGCUAUGGAGCCAACGUUCCCACCACAGCCAGAAGGAGACUUCAGCAGAGUGUUCACCUGGCCCGCAGGGUGCUGCAGCUGGAGAGGCAGAACACAUCACUGAGGAGAGACUUGGAGAGGCACCAGACCCAAACAGGCCAAAUAUCUGAGGAGUUGUUAGUGGCCAACCAGCUGCUGGAGCAGACGCAGCAGCCUUACAGCUACCUGAUCGAGACGGUGAGACAAAAGGACGCACAGAUCAACAGCCUGAAGCAACGAGUCACUUCACUUGAAGACGAUGUCACUUCUCUGAGGAAAGAGCGGACGGCUCUGUUGCAAGUGAAGAACAACAUGGCUGCCGAUCUGGAACGGCUCCUCAACCAUCGGGAGGAGUUAGCCAUGAUGAAGCAGGUCCUGAUCAGCAUGCGCUCCCAACAGGAAAACGUUCUAAGCCCCUUGGAGGCGAACAAAGCCGACCCAAGGACCUCCCGCUCAGACAAGUGGCGCUCCAAGCAGGACAGCGGGCCCACCGAGGACGAGUCUCCCGGCAAACCUAAACCCACCGUGUUCACCAAAAGAGAAGCUCCUGAUUGGUACCAAAGACUCAAGCAGAAACCCAAAUAAUGAUGUGUGGUGUUUUAAAAAAAAAAAAAAAAAAAAA